CGCUGAGUGCAGUGCUCCAGUCCGCCAGGUGGCGCUCAGAGUCACAGUCACAGUCAGAGUCAGAGAGGAAGAGCCGCAGGGUUUGUGUGGAAGUGUUUCUCUGGGCUGCAGCUGCUUCACUUCUGUUAAUUUGACGAAUUAGAUCAGACUGUGAGGAUCAGACUGAGGAUCAGACUGCAGUGAUGACGUCACUGGCAAACAGCAGCUCCUCCACUGAGUACAUCGUCCGAGUACCGAAGAACACGAGUAAAAGGUACAGCAUCAUGGCUUUUAACGCUGGAGACAAAGUGAACUGUUCCACAUGGACUCAGGCUCGGAUGGAGCGGGAUCUGAGUAACCGGAGGAUGUACGGAGAGGAGGAGACGCCUGAGGGAGCUGCUGGCAGUGAGUUUGGUAAAAAACAGAGGGAGGAGGCACGCAGGAAGAAGUUUGGGAUUGUAACCCGCGAGUUUAAGGUGGAGGACCAGCCGUGGAUCCUCAAAGUGAACGGGAAAGCAGGGAAAAGGUUUAAGGGGCAGAAGAAAGGAGGAGUGACGGAGAACGCUUCAUACUACAUCUUCACGCAGUGUGCUGACGGAGCGUUCGAGGCAUUUCCUGUUCACGCCUGGUACAACUUCACCCCGGUGGCUAAACACCGCACGCUCACCGCCGAAGAGGCCGAGGAGGAGUGGGGCAGGAGGAAUAAAGUGGUGAAUCACUUCAGCAUCAUGCUGCAGCGGCGACUGAAGGAGCAGGAACAUGGUGAGGAAGAGGAGGAAGAGGGAGAAAAGGGGGCAAAGAAGAAAAAGAAGAAGAAAGGUGGCCAGGGAGGAGACCUGCGUAUUCAUGAUUUAGACGAUGAUCUGGAGUUGAGCAGUGAUAACAGUGAGAGCAGUGCAGGAGAAGACGGAGAAGGUCGGGCGAAGAAUAAGAAGGAGAACAGCUCAAAGGCCAAGGGGAAGAAGAAGAAGAAGAAGAAGGGCAGUGAUGCGGAGGGACAUGAGGACAGCGAUGAUGGAGACUUUGAAGGUCUGGAAGUGGACUACAUGUCAGAUGAGAGCAGUUCUGAGGAAGAGGAGCCGGAGAAAGUGAAGCCUAAUAAAGGAGAGGACGUGCCUAAAGGAAUUGAUGAAGCGUCUGAGAGUGAGGAGGAGAGUGAGGAGGAGAACAAGAAUGAGGACGAGGCGAAAGAGGAGGAGGAUGAGGAAGAAGGGAAGAAAACACCUGUACAGGUGGAGAAGAAGAAGAAGAAAGACAGCAGCGGCGAGUCGGACAGCUCCGAGGACAGCGACAUCGAGGGAGAGACGGCGUCUGCGCUCUUCAUGGCGAAGAAGCGUACUCCUCCUAAACGAGGCGGCCGAGGUUCUGCUGGAAGUUCUAGAGCAGGAAGUCGUCCCGGAACGCCCUCCAUCGACCACGCUGCCACCUCCAACACACUGCGCGCUGCGGCCACCAAACUGGAGCAGGGUAAGCGUCAGGCGACGACGUCCAGCUCAGACACUCCCGCUGCCAAGAGGCUGAAGAUGGAGCCGACUUCUCAGAGCCCGUCGGGGAAGAGCACUCCACAACCAGCAUCCGGGAAAUCCACACCGAGCUCCAGUGACGUGCAGCUGACGGAGGAGGCCGUGCGCCGUUAUCUGAUCCGGAAGCCCAUGACCACUAAAGACCUGCUGAAGAAGUUCCAGACUAAACGCACGGGACUGAGCAGCGAGCAGACGGUCAACGUCCUCGCACAGAUCCUCAAGAAGCUCAACCCAGAGAGGAAAAACAUUAACGACAAGAUGCACUUCUACCUCACGGAGUAAACACACAGAGAGAGAGAGAGAGAGAGAGAGAGAGAGAGAACGGAGAAAAAAAAGCUGCUGCAGGAAGCGGGGCCAAACACGGAGGACUUCACAACCACUGGUGAUGUGAUUGGGUAGGUGAGUGGGUGGGCGGGGCCAUGUGAUGGAGCAGUAAAGUACCCCCCCUAUACACUGCUUAAUAAAAUGAAGUGUAAACUGUUUGAAAAUGUUUAAUAAAAGUUCCUGUUUUUCCAGUAAAGCAUGAUGUGAGUUUGUGAAAAGUGUUAAUAAUCCAACACAGACUCAGAAAGUUUACGGCUGUAUUAAUUUUCCGCCGAGACGUCGGCUCUUCCGUCACGCUCAGACUCGUCUCCUGCUGUUUUAGUUUCAAUCGAGAACUUUAUAGUUUUACAUUAUUACAUGCAUUAAUUCUGAUUGGUCGAUCCAGACACUGAAUGAUCUGCUGUUUCUUUAUAGAAUUGUCAAACAACCCUAAAGAAAGUCUGUGUUCACUUUCUGGUUGCGACAUGGUGAAAAAAAACAAGUUUAAAAAUCAGCUUUAUUCAGCAGAGUGAUGGCUGUGGUGACUCGGUGGUUAAGGCUCUGGGUUACUGAUCAGAAGGUUGUGAGUUCAAGCCCCAGCACCACCAAGCUGCCGCUGCUGAGCUUUUAAACACGGCUCUUAACCCUCUCUGCUCCAGUGGGCGCCGUUAUCCUGGCUGACUCUGACCUCUGACCCCAACUUCCUACCAAGCUGGGAUAUAUGAACAAAACAAUUUUACUGUACUAUAACAUAUGUGACAAAUAAAGGCUUGUUCUAAUACA